AUGGCCGACGACGACCCCCACGACGCCGCGGUCUCCUCCUCCGCCGGCGGCGACGAAGACGACGAGGGCACCGACACCGACGCCUCCAACUCCGACCUCGCCAAUCCCCAGGGCCAGGAUCCUCUACCCUUCCCCGACGCAGCUUCGGUCCCACCUCACCCUCUCGCUCCCGCCCCCGAGCCCGCCGGCGCAAUUCCGCCGCCGCAGCCGCAGCCGCAGGGUCUGCCCGCGGGCGCCUCGGCCGCGGACGACUCGCGGCGGCUGUUCCAGCGGCUGUGGACGGACGAGGAGGAGCUCCUCAUCCUGCGCGGCUUCCUCGACUUCACGGCGCGCCGGGGCACCACGUUCGCGUCGCACCAGUACGACACGGGCCCCUUCUACGAGGAGAUCCGCCGCCGCCUCUCCUUCGACUUCACCAAGAGCCAGCUCAUCGAGAAGCUGCGCCGCCUCAAGAAGAAGUACCGCGUCUGCGCCGCGCGCGUCGCGGCGCAGGGCGCCGCGUUCGCGUUCCGGAGCGCGCACGAGGGCGCCAUCUACGACGUCGCGCGGCACAUCUGGCGCCCCGCGUUCAGGCGCGGCGAAGGCGGCGGCGCGGCCGACGCCUCCGACGAGGACGACAUCAACCCCGUAGCCGCCGCUGCUAUGGAGGUUGGCGGCGGCGGCGGCGGCGGCGGGAGCGCGUCCUCGCCCACGCCCACGGCGAGGGGCAGGGGAGGCCGGCGCGUCCGGAGGAGGACGGCGCAAGAGCUGGAGGCCCCCGCAUUGCCAGCCACGUCCGCGCUGAUGCUAACUGAUGCGGCUGAGGACCGGCUUGUUGUUGCUAUCGAGAAUUUAGCGCCGGCAAUUGCACCGCCACCUCCUUUGCAAGUGCCAACUGUAUCACCAGCGGCGGCGACCCCUUCGCCCAUGCCAGUGAGCACCGGUGGCGCCACCGAGGAGGCUAUGAGGAGUAUCAUGUCACCGUUACUGAAGGAGUUCAUCAGCUCUGUCACCGUCGCUGGGCAGACUGGAUUCGGAUUGGGGCUUGGCACAGGAUUCGGCGGCAUUGGCAUUCUUGGUCUUGGUUUAGGGGUUGCUGGCCCAAAUCCUGGAACGCCCAGUGAUGAUAAGUGGAGGCAGCAGCAAAUUCUGGAGCUUGAGGUUUAUCUAAAGAGGAUUGAGCUUGUGCGGGAACAGGUUACCGCUGCUUUACAAGACCUCAGCUCUCGUUCUUCUUUGGUGACCAAAGGUUAUUGUCCAAUUUAUAUGCAGCUAUACACCCGUCCACUCUAUGCCCUUGUAUAUGAGGCCUCCAAAAACGACACAAAGACUAUGGCCAAGAAGCACCAGGACGAAUCAUCAGUCCUCCCGACUUCCGAAACCCCGAGCACGCACGCAACACCGGCAACACAGGAGAGCGAAUGUCUGGCAACUCGAUCCACUGGAAUUACAAUUGCUGAGUAUUUCCGUGAUAUGGGCUACAGCGUCAGUAUGAUGGCUGACUCCACCUCCCGAUGGGCUGAGGCAUUGUGUGAGAUCUCAUGGCGUUUGGCUGAAAUGCCUGCUGAUAGUGGUUACCCAGCUUACUUGGCUGCACGUUUGGCAUCCUUUUAUGAACGUGCUGGUACGGUGAAAUGCCUGGGAAGUCCAGACCGGACUGGCAGUGCCACAAUUGUUGGAGUCGUCUCUCCUCCUGGUGGUGAUUUUUCAGACCCUGUUACCUCUGCAACCCUCAGUAUUGUUCAGUCUUGGACCGACACUUGGGCUGUGACAGCGGCAAAUGGGCUUGCCAGCCCAUUGUUCCACUUGGGCAUAAUCCCUGGUAUUGCUGGGUAUGACAUUACCCCCGCUGCAAAACACAGCUUGUCCCCAAGCUGUGGUGUUCAAGAAUUGUUUGCACAAAACAUCAAAGUUUUCAAUCCAUGA